CAACUAAAAAGAUCAUAUCCCCAUAUUGAGUUGGCAAUGAUCUUGAGCUGGCAGUUUUACUGCUUCUGUUUUCUUCCUUCAUUCCAACUCCCAUAUGUUCCAGAAACGUUGUUUAAUUUCAUAUUACAUCCAAAACAUUUUCUGGGUUCUUCAAAUUACCUUUCUUUAUGUUAUCUUUUUCAUACAUUGAUCAAUUAACCCCAAUUCAACAUCUGGGUAGUCCCAAAAUUUGGAAUUUUUCUUCUUACAUUGAUUUUUGAUUCUGGGUUUCUAAAUUUGGUUCGAUUUUGUGAAUAAAAGUUGGCCAAAAUUGGGUCUUUUUCUGUAAGAAUUUAGUACAGAUGUUGGAUUCUAUACCUGGGAGUUCUGGGUAUUUGCAAUCAUUUCCUGAAAGAAGAUUUACAUAUUUUAGUAAUAAAUAUGUGUUGGGUUUGACAGUUGUUGCUGGAAUUGGUGGUUUGCUCUUUGGAUAUGAUACAGGUGUUAUAUCAGGGGCACUUUUGUACAUCAAGGAUGAUUUUGAAGAAGUCAAAAACAGCAGUUUCUUGCAGGAGACAAUUGUCAGCAUGGCACAAGUAGGUGCAAUAAUUGGAGCUGUUUUUGGCGGAUGGAUAAAUGACACCUUUGGACGCAAGAAAGCUACGUUAUUAGCUGAUGUUAUCUUCAUGGCUGGUUCAUUUGUCAUGGCUGCUGCUCCAAAUCCUUAUGUUCUAAUAUUUGGACGUCUGUUAGUUGGUUUGGGUGUUGGAGUGGCUUCUGUUACUGCUCCUGUCUAUAUUUCAGAAGCAGCCCCUACUGAAGUAAGAGGAGGACUUGUGAGUACAAAUGUGCUCAUGAUUACUGGUGGACAGUUUCUUUCCUACCUCGUGAACCUUGGUUUUACAGAGGUCCCUGGAACUUGGCGAUGGAUGCUUGGAGUAUCAGCCGUGCCAGCUAUUGUACAGUUUAUUGCUAUGCUCUUUUUACCGGAGUCCCCACGCUGGCUAUACCUGAAGGGUGAGAAAGCCAAGGCUGUUGCAGUGCUUUCAAAUAUUUAUGACCCAUUUAGGUUAGAGGAUGAGGUGGAUGGUCUUGCUGCUGCUACAGAGGAAGAGCUUAGUAGAAAGAAAGCCAGUAUCUGGGAUGUUUUUGGGAAUAAAGAAAGGAGACUAGCAUUUUUUGUCGGAGGUGGUCUUCAGGCGUGUCAGCAAUUUGUUGGUAUUAACACAGUUAUGUACUACAGUCCAACAAUUGUCCAAAUGGCCGGUUUCCGCUCUAACCAACUUGCUCUCCUUCUCUCCCUCGUUGUUGCGGGCCUGAAUGCUGCAGGAACAGUUGUGGGCAUUUACCUCAUUGAUCACAUGGGUCGUCGCCCAUUAGCCAUGAUGAGCUUGGCAGGUGUGUUUGCAUCCCUCAUGAUCUUGGCUGUUUCUUUCUUUCUUCAAUCCGCUGGGGCCCUUGCUGUUGUAGGGCUUGCCCUAUAUAUUAUUUUCUUCUCUCCUGGGAUGGGACCCGUCCCCUGGACAGUGAACUCUGAGAUUUACCCGCAAGCUUAUCGAGGCAUCUGUGGGGGUAUGGCGGCUACUGUAAACUGGGUUUCCAACGUGAUUGUUUCAGAGUCCUUCCUUUCGAUUGCUGAUGCUGCAGGUACUGGUCCAACUUUCCUUAUACUUGCCGGUAUCUCUCUUCUUGCCUUUGUGUUCGUAGCAGUAUGCCUUCCCGAAACAAAGGGAUUGGCAUUCGAGGAAGUCGAGGAAAUGUGGAAAGAAAGGGCUUGGGGACAUUCAUCUAUUAACCAAAGCCUUCUUGAAGGUGCAAACAACCAUCAGAACGAUGUAAAAAAUGAUGAAGAAAUGUCCUAGUUUGUACCCCCAAGUUCUGUAGUUAUCUAGGACAUGAUUUUUUUGGAUGAUUCUUUUCUCCAGGAAUGCCUUUUCUAUUCCGCAAAUGUAUUAAUGUUUUCCAUGUAAAAUAAUUGUGAUUUAUUAAUAAUAAUGAAGUGGUCUUGGUUGAAA